AUGUUUGUUUGCCCUUGUCGCUUGACCCCAAGUCGCGACAGUUGGGACCUUAUACCGAUGCGGAUGACUGCUGCUAUGGAAUCCGGAUGUCCGCGAAUUGUCCUCAUCAAUGCACGCUGUUUUGCCACUGUCAAACCAGAGUUGUGUGACAACCUGUUGACGGUGCUGGUGAGAAGACGCGAAUCGAGAGUAGUGAUGGCGCAAGGACGGAAGCUGUUUUUCGCGGAACACUGGCACUCUCUGUCUUCUCCUGAACAAGGUAUAAUUCGAGCAAGGGAGGCCGCCUCAUUUUCCAAUUGGGAGCCCGAGUUCUUCUAUCAACGUAAGAGUGGUGACCCGUUUUGCUUUGCCGUAAAAGAGUGGUACUCAAGAGCUCCCAAUGUGCACGUGGAUACCCUUCUUCUCAUUAGCGAUAACACAGUUGCGUGUCUCGAACGGGAAUGCGCUUCUCUCAAUACAACUCUCGUCUUUGUCUCCGUCGCGCCCCCUUGGGCACCCACCUCCCCAGCUAUGGCUACAGUUGCUGCGGGCUACGUUGGGGGUGCAGCGUACGACGAUCAUCCAGAGCUCGAGCCCGAUCUCCAGUGGAAAAACGACCUCAGGCAGAAGAUUCAGGACCAACUGCGACAUCUCGUCGACGACGCGCGUCAGCAACGGGACAGCCAGUGGAUCCACCACCCUGCGGACUCACAUAGCGCCGCAGCCAAUGAUAUCGCAUCACAGAAAUACCAGGUCAUCAUGACUGACAUCCGCCGCCUUGCCCAGGAUCAAUAUGAAGAAGCGCUUGAACGCGAGCGACUGGAGCGCCGCUGGGCAGCAGGGUACCCAGUCGACCAAUCCUGGAUCGAGGCCGCCGCCCGCGAGCAAGAGGCCAUGCUGACGGCUGUCCAUAAUGGUCGACAGCAGACGCAUGCUGGCUUCACAUUCAAGCCCCACGACGAACCUGUAGCUGGUCCAUCGCGAUUGGCCGGACGGAGCACGAGCGGCGACGGCUCGGUAUCGCACCAUUACUCUCGUUUCUUGGAAUACGAGCUUAACGCACGACAGUCCUCGACAGACUGGUAUGGUCACUCCUACGGGGAGGGUUCCGGUACAAUCAAACAGCACCACGUUGAUGCGCGGGCAAAGGCGAGGCAGGUGCCAGAGAUAUGGCGACCUUCGGCUCCUGCGGACGAUCGAACACCUCGCCAGUCGGUCACCUCACGUCCUACGCCCUCUUCUGUGAAGACAGCAGAUCGACCCAUAACUCAGGAUCGACCAAGCAGCAGGUUGAAGAGGAAAGCUUCCGAGGGCGAUGACGCGGACCCAGGGCACAGCGCCGAGGAGUUAAUCCCUGCACACAACGCAGCUGCUCCUCUUGCUGAGGCCGAGGCCGUCAUCGCUAGACAAAUCAACUUUGCUGUGAACCUCGCACAGGAGGAAGCGCGGAAGACGCCACAGCUUCGCCCUAUCGUCCCCCUCCACCUCGCGCCCCACUUUAGCGAUCGCUCGCACAGUGCGACACCAAAGCCUCCCCUUUCCUUCCGCGUCGCCCCGACCCCUCUACGUGCGGUCGAAAACAUGAACUACGAGCAGGCCGCUGAGCAUAGGACGCCCAUCGGCAUCCAUUUCCCGCCAAUGACUAGCGCGUUCCGCGCGUCGGCGGCCACCCCGAACCCCGCGCUCCCUCUCCGGGGCAUGGGCGUCCCCCCGAACCCGACUGUGCAUUUCGAGCAGACGGUAGCCGAGCAGAGGGAGAUCGUCAUCCCACCCCCGCCCAUCUCGAGCACGCUACGCGCAGCCGCAGCAACACCCCACCCCGGAGCACGGGCCCCCAGUGCAAGUGCUAGUGCCGGCACCGCGAUGCAGGUCGUCGACCCGCGCUCAUUCACGCUUGACGACGACCGCAGCAGCAUCCACGCCCCGUUCCAGCCGCAGAGCGUCCUGGGGCGGGACCGUAGCGAUACACUUCGCGGAAUGCAGUUGCCGGCGCCAUCUUCGCACAUGUGGAUUCCUCCUAUGGGCAGCAGCUUGGACACCAGCAGCAGCAGCAGGUCGUCCGAGCCCCAGCGCACGCCAACGCUGGACGAGAUGGUGCUGGUGGCGUCUGACGAGGGCGACAGCGACUGGGAGGCGUCUGCGUUCGACACGGAGGAUGUCGAUCAGAUGAUGAAGCAGGGCAUGGAGCAGUUCAUGGUGACGGGCGAGAGCAGCAUCGAGCGGCUCCUUUCGGCGCAGGACACGAUCAUCAGCGAGCUGGCCCCCGAAGAGGCGGUCGAGGUCGAGGUCGAGGCGGCCCCUAUGAAGCCGGUUGAAGUCGAGACGGAGACGGAAAAGGAGGACACGCCGAAGAAGGCCAAGGGCGGGAAGGCGAAGCGCAAGGAGGAAGCCAAGCGCAAGGAACAGGACACGAAACAGAAGGUGCAGGACACUAAGCAGAAGGCGCAGGACGCCAAGCAGAAGGCACAGGAGGCCAAAUACAAGGAGCAAGAGGAUGCGAAACGCAGGGCACAGGAAGAGGCUCAGGCUCGCCUGCAGCUUGAGCUCAAGCGGAAGGAGGACGAGGAGGCUCGGCGCCGGGAGGCCGAGAGUCGGCAGAGGAUGGAGGACGAGCACAGGCGCGAGCUGCUUAGGAAGCGCGAAGAGGACGAGGCGGCUGCGGCUGCGGCGCGCGAGGUCGAGCGGCUGAAUGAGCAGAGGCUCCUCGAGUUCCGCAGACAACAGGAGGAGACGCGUCGGCGUCUCGAGGGGCGCCAGAGGACCGACAGCACGACGCAAGCAGCAGGAGGCCAAGAAGGCGGAGCAAGCCAUCGGGAAGAAGGAUGCGGAUGCGGGCCGCAAGGAGGAAGAGACCAGGCGCAGGGAGGACGAUAUCAGGAGGAAAGAAGAGGAGAUCAGACACAAAGAGGAGGACCUCAUGCUGCGGGAGCAGGAGAUGGCUAA